AAGUUAUGGCUCUUAAUAUCCAGUCAGUAACGCUGCAGUGAGGUAGUCGGUAAGACAGUCAGGGGGUCUAAUGUUUAUAUAUUCAGAAUCAUGGAUAUAAGGAUCUUGGAACUUUUAAUAUACACUUUUGCCUUGAAAUAGUGGCUGACACCGGACACUGUGUCUUUAAAGGAAGGGGUAAGGCGAUUGGAGCGGCCACCUUCCAUGGGCUGAAUCUCCUCUCACUCAAAUUCCAUUCAUAAAUAAGAUAUUGUGGAGAAAGGAAGUAAAGUCAGAUCCAGAACUGACCAUCCAGACCAGUUAACCGGAUGUCAUGAGCUCGGAGUAGCCCAACUUGUUCACCUCGCUACUCGGGAGAGGAGAAAAACGAUUCGUAGCUUGUGAUGGAGCAAAAGUGAGCUUGUGAGAGGCAGCUUGUUUUUGGGGUUCAGAGCAUUUCACCAAAAAUGUUCCAGCCCUCGUUCAGGGCUUUACGUUGUUGUGUGUGUAUGUUCGGGUUAACCAAAACCGCCCUGGUCUAAAAAACAACAUCCCAGCGUUCAUCUCUCCGAUCUGACCAGAGAUAGGACUGAGUGAGCUAUGGCAGCGAAAGACGACAUCUACACCAAAGUGACCCCGCGGAGGCAGCGGCUGACCCGCCCGGGCACUGUGAAGCAAGGGGCGUCCACCCUGGACGUCCUGCUCUCCAUGGGCUUUCCAAAGACCAGGGCGCUGAAAGCUCUGGUCUCCACUGGGAGCCGCAACGUCCAGGCAGCGUGUGAUUGGCUCUUCUCCCACGUGGACGACCCCUUCCUGGACGACCCGCUGCCCAGGGAGUAUGUGUUGUACCUGCGGCCCACCGGGCCUCUGCUGCACCAGCUCACCCAGUACUGGCAGCAGUCUCGCCUCACCUGCGGCAAGAACAAGGCUCACAACAUCUUCCCCCACAUUACCCUCUGCCAGUUCUUCAUGUGUGCGGACGGGAAGGUGGAGGCGCUCACGGAGGCGCUGCAGGCCACCAUGGCCUCCUGGCGGGGCCGCUUCCCCGCGACCCUCAACCUAAAGCUCUACACCUCCUCCAACUUCAUCGGCCUGUUCGUGGACGAGCAUGUGGCCGAGGUGCUGAAGAGCUUUGCCGCCGAGUUUGCCACGGAGGCCGCCUCCAAAGCAGACGUCCACAUCGAACCGCACAAGAAGCAGCUCCACGUCACCUUGGCCUACCAGUUCCAGGCCAAUCACCUGUCUGUUCUGGAGAAGCUCGCCAAGAGCAUGGACGUGUCCGUGGGCUGUGACUGGCUGGCUGUCAUGUUCUCGCGGGACAUCCGAUUCGCCAAUCACGAGACGCUGCAGGUCAUGUACCCGUACACGCCCCAGAACGAGGACGAGCUGGAGCUGGUGCCGGGUGACUUUGUGUUCAUGUCCGCCGUGGAGCAGGCCAGCGCCAGCGAGGGCUGGGUCUACGGGAGCUCCCAGGGCACGGGGCUGUCGGGCCUACUGCCCGAGAACUACGUCACCCGGGCCGACGAGUGCGAGACCUGGGUGGUCCACGGGUCUCAUUCGUUCCUCAACGGAGCCCCCCCACCAGACCCAGGCGGUCGGGCUGACAGCCUGCUGUUAGACGGACAACUGCUCGACAGCCUGGGAGACCUGGCUGGCCUCAGCGUCCUCACUACACCCAUGCAGCUGCCGAGGGCCGGCGGCGAGCAGUCCAGUCUGCCCAAGAGGAGCCUGUUUGUGUGUCGCCAUGGCGAGCGGAUGGACGUGGUGUUCGGCAAACACUGGAUCACUCAGUGCUUCGACACCAAAGGUCGAUACGUUCGCUGUAAUCUGAACAUGCCGCCCAGCCUGCCAAUCAGAAGCGGUGGACACCGAGACUACGAUAAAGAUUGUCCAAUCACUGUGUUCGGUGGGACACAGGCCCGCCUCGUAGGCGAGGCCCUUUUGGAGAGCCACACGACAUUGAACUUUAUCUACUGCUCUCCCUCACUGCGCUGCGUCCAGACGGCCCAGAACAUUCUCCAAGGUCUACAACUGGAUGGAAAAACAAGGAUCCGUGUAGAGCCAGGCUUGUUCGAAUGGACCAAGUGGGUGUCUGGCACAACCCUCCCCGUCUGGAUCCCCCCUGUGGAGCUGGCCGCCGCCAACCUGAAUGUGGACACAACAUACAGACCUCAUAUCCCCAUCAGUAAGCUGGUGGUGUCGGAGUCCUACGACGCCUACAUCAGCAGGAGCUUCCAGGUGACCCGGGAGAUCCUGUCCGAGUGCAACAACCUGGGAGAUACGGUGCUGAUCGUGGCUCACGCCUCGUCCCUGGAGGCCUGCACUCGCCAGAUGCAAGGUCUGAGUCCCCAGAACGCCAAGGACUUUGUCCAGGUCGUCCGAAAGAUUCCCUACCUGGGCUUCUGUGCCUGCGAGGAGCUGGGGGAGACGGGGGUUUGGCAACUGGUUGACCCACCCAUCUUGCCGCUGACACACGGACCCAACCACAGCUUCAACUGGAGGGAAAUGCUUCUGCAGGACUGAGAGGAAGAGGGCGACAGAGAGGUGCUGUGUGGACGCCUGUUGUCCGGGUGCUCGUCUGAAAUGAAUAUUUAUUAUUAGCCCUCCAAACGCUUUAUCCGCUCACCCAUCCAGCCACCCGUUUCGCUGAACUUAAUGAACUGCUCGUGAAUGAGAAGAAGGUACUGUAUUUAUGAGGAAACGGCAAGAACAAAUUGGACUACGUUACAGUCCCUAUGGCCAUUCAAGCACUGAGCAAAAGAGGGAGAGAAAAGUGAGUGGGAGCUUCUAGGAAAAAGGCGAACGAGCGUUAUUACUGGUGGCUCGCCAACGGUUUGAUGGACUGUCCGAUUCGCUUUCCGCGGGGUUCUCGUUGAACACUUGUGUGUGCAGGCUCGCAGUGAGCGUUAAGAACGUUCCCGAACAAGAGUUCCUGGUGACAACUGCCUCUUUUUUUAUAAACACUGUGACAAGCAAAACAAAGCAGAGUCAAGAAGAAGACAGAAUAUAUUUAAUUGAAAUAGUAAGAGGUAUGUUCAGUAUCCUUAGAUUUUAAGAAAAGCAACUGUUCCUGUUGGAAUGAAGCACAGUGGAAACGCGGUCUAUCUGACAAUCAGACGGCAGCAGAACUGGCAUCGGUGUUUGGGUCAUAACACAUCAGGACUCUUCCUGCGAGUCCUACUCCAUGAAGGGUUUUUGUGUUCGUAUUUACACAGAUUUACCAAAACGUAACAGCUUUUUGUAGCCUUUUUCCGCUAAGGCCCUCGUACACAAGCAAUAUUUCCAUAUUGUAUACAGUGGAUUAGGGCCCGACCGAUUCAUCGGCCUGCCGAUUUAAUCGGCCGAUUAUAGCCUUUUUGAAAAUAAUCGACAUCUAAAUGUUAUUGCGCUUAGUAUCCUGCAGAUUGCGCUCCUACUCGCCUAGCUAACUAACAACUUUAGCUGGAGUAAAAAAGAGGAGAUUAAAUUUUACCGUACAACAUGAAAGCACGCUCGCUCAGGCAGGUGCGCGCUCACCUCACCAAUGUACACAAGACGCGUUGUUUGAGCAUGUUGUGCCUGUUUUUCUUUAGGUCCCAGGCCAUGUUAAUUUGUUGUACUGUAGACUCUAACGGUGAGACCAUACUGCUCAGCACGCACGUGUUAGUCACUGCUCACGAGCGCAGCACAUUGGGAGUUAGUUAUUUAUUUUACAUUUUAAAUUACAUACAUUUUUGACUGUAAAUGUAUUCUAAAACACUCAAAGGUUCUGCAUUCAAUUCACAUAUUCGUCAAAAGUGUUUAAAGUAUAUUUAAGGUAUCAAAAACUAUGUUUUAUAUGCUUUUUUUUU